AGAAACAAUUUCAAAAUGACCAGACGAGAGUAAAAGUUGAUUUUUCAACUCGAGCAACACAGCAAACGCAAUUUCAAUUUCCUUCUUUGACCGAGGACUGUCAGAAGGACAUGGUGAACAUCAUGCAAAGACAAAAUGACAUCACUGCCUUAAUUGUAAAACAAAACUUAUCGUCUGUUCUCCCAUCCAGAAACAUCCCUGUGUUUGAUGGGGACCCCCUGCAGUACAGAUCAUUUAUGAAUGCUUUUGAGAACGGAGUGGAAGCUAAAACUGACAACUCGAGUGACUGUUUGCACUUCUUAGAGCAGUUCACUAGGGGGCAGCCUAAAGAUCUGGUGCAUAGCUGUCAGCACUUACCUCCUGAUCAAGGUUAUUCUAAAGCCAAAUAUCUUCUUGAAGAACAUUUUGGAAACGAAAAUAAAAUUGCUUCUGCAUAUAUGGAGAAGAUUAUGAGUUGGACACCAAUAAAAGGUGAUGAUGUGAAAAGUCUUCAAUCAUUCUCUCUUUUCCUUCAAGGUUGUUCGAAUUUAACACAACAAAUUGUUCACAUGAAAGAGUUGGAUUUACCUUUAAAUAUGAGAACGAUCGUCAUGAAACUCCCAUACAAACUGAGGGAAAAAUGGAGAGUUACGGCAUUUGAGCUGCAGGAAAAAAAUGGCCACAGAUCGUUGUUCACUGAUCUGGUUGCUUUCAUAGUAAAAGAAGUAAAAGCAGCCUCAGAUCCAGUGUUUGGCAACAUCCAAGACCCACCAACUGUGAGCAACUCUAAAGCUUCAAGUUCCAGCAAGCAAAGGAAAAAAGGAAGCAGUUUUGCCACUAAUGUCAGCACAAUUCCAGAAGCCAGAACUCAGUCGACUGAAAACAAGACCAAGUCUACUGUUCUUCACAGCUGCUUGUUUUGUUUACAAAGAAAUCAUCUAUUGGAAAACCGUAUGCAGUUUAAAGCAAAAAUGCAUCGGGACAAGUUGACCUUCAUUAAACAAAAGGGGAUUUGUUUCGGUUGUCUGAAAGUUGGUCACACAAGCAAAGACUGCAGGAGUCGUUUGGAUUGCAACGUGUGUCACCAAAAGCAUCCAGGGGUUCUUCACAUCGAGCAAAAGGAGCCAGGAGCCUCUUCAGAACAAAUCCAACAGACAACAAGUUAAAGUUAAAAGUCAAAAGAGCAACAAAGUUGUACAAACGUAUGCAUUUCUUGAUCCAGGAAGUUCAGGUACGUUUUGUACAGAAACUCUGGCAAAAAGUCUGAACUUAAAGGGAAAAAGGACAAAUAUUCUGCUGAGAACAAUGAAUCAAAAUAAGAUUGUUAACGUACAAGUUUUGUCUGGUUUGGAAAUCUCUGAAUUGAAAACAAAUGACUUCAUAGCAUUGCCAGAUGUUUUGACUCAAAGGACUAUGCCAGUUUCUACACUGAAUAUUCCCCAGCAAAAGGACAUUGAUCAGUGGCCUCAUCUUAAACCUGUAAAGCUUCAUAACAUCAAUGCAGAUGUGGAGCUACUGAUAGGAACUGAUGCUUCAAAUGUUUUAGAGCCCUGGGAGGUGAUAAACAGUGUGGAUGGUGGGCCUUAUGCUGUAAAAACUAAAGUUGGCUGGGUCAUAAAUGGUCCUCUGCGCAGUGGAAACAGCAGAAAUAAAAAUAUCUGCACUGCUGCAACAGCCAACAGGAUCUCUGUGGAGCAUCUUAAAGAAAUGCUGGUCAAUCAGUACAAUCAUGACUUUAAUGAAAGAUCAUCAGAGGAGAAAACUGAAAUGUCUAGAGAGGAUUUGCAUUUUAUGAAGAUUGUUAAUAACUCAACAAAACUUGAUGGAAGUCGUUAUCAUAUUGACUUACCUUUCAGGAGUGAAAGUCCCAGCUUGCCAAAUAACAUCUGUGUUGCAGAGCAGC